AUGCCUAAACGACCAAAGAUUGACUCCGUAUACAAUGAUAUUGAUAAAGAAAACACUCAGGAUGCUGUCCUCCCAAUUGUUACUCGAGACGAGGCAUCUCAUAGAAGAAAAUUAAGAAAAUUAUACUUGGAUAAUAAGAGAUCAAAUGGGGGAACUACAUCGCCAUCCCUCAAUAUUGUAUCCACCAAUAUUAAUUCCACUUCCACUCCGUGUGUUACACAACAUUGUCCAGUUUCACCUGAUGUGACUCUGAUUCUACAAAACAAGGAUAGAGAUAGCAUGCGAUUACCUAGAUCUAUUAUUGACAAAAGAAGAUCUACUACCAUAGGUGUUACAUCGGAUAACAUAGUCAACAAAAUUGGUUGUCACAAUUUUGAAUCCACUCCUGAUGUGGCUAAUAAUGUUACUCCAAGUCCGUCAAGUAUGGUAACAAGUAACAUUAGUUGUAGUACCAGCAAUCGGGCAACGAGAGAAAAUGGUUUUCGAAUUAAUAUUUCAACUGGCAUCACAUCAACCACCUGCACAUCAUCAUUGAACUGUAAUUUGCAAAGGCUAUCAUCUGGGAAACGUAAGUUGGUAUCCAAACCACGUAUUUCAUCUCCUAUACCAAUGAUCGACUUGACCACAGAGGAAACCGUAGAACGAGAUCCUUAUAAAGGUGUUUCCACAGAUUAUUUGGAUCAUGGUGAUCAAGUUAUUACUUGUGAAGUUUGUUAUGCAAAGUUAUGGGAUGCAGAGAAAGGAAGCGGAAGAAAAGAAGGUGGCAAAAUAUGUCAUAUGUUAUGUUGUGGUUAUACCAAAGUUGUGUUACCUGAUUACAAAUCUGCGACACCUUAUUAUAAAAGUCUAUUCAUGUCCAAUGACAAUGAAAGCAGGCACUUUUUGAAGAACAUUCGACGUUACAAUUCUAUGUUCGCGUUUACGUCAAUGGGUGGUAAGGUUGACCAAACCGUUAAUACUGGUAAUGCUCCUUUUUGCUACAGAAUUAGUGGUGAAAAUAAUCAUUCUAUUGGUAGUCUUGUGCCAGAAAACAGAGGGAAACCUAAAUUUUGUCAGUUAUACAUAUACGAUACUGAAAAUGAGUUGGCAAACAGGUCUUCAGACAAUGCUUCCUCAUCAACCUCUUCAGACGAAACUGAUAAUAAGCUGAUACAACAAAUCAAAGCAAAGUUGGAUGCCAACAAUGUGCUUGUGAAAAUUUAUAGGAUGGUUAGAGAUUGCUUCCAACAGAAUCCUAAUACUACUUUAAAGCUUCGCCUUAUUGGGAAAAGAGAACAAGAUGGUCGGACUUAUAACUUACCUACUUCCUCCGAGGUUGCUGCUCUUAUUGUUGGAGAUAUUGAUAACGCUCUUGAGAAUAGAGAUAUCGUUGUCGAGACACAAACAGGGUCAUUAAAAAGAAUAAGUGAGUUGCAUCCUUCCUAUCUUGCACUUCAGUAUCCUAUUUUGUUCCCAUAUGGAGACGACGGUUACAGAAUUGACAUACCCCAUAGGGGUGUCAUUGAUGUUACUAACAAGAAACGUUCGAAUUGUACAAUGAGAGAGUUUUUUGCGUAUCGUGUACAAGAUCGUAGUAACCAGUUUUCAUUGAUUCUAAAUUCUCGACGGUUAUUCCAACAGUUCUUGGUUGAUGCUUAUACGAUGAUUGAGAGCGAGCGACUUAACUUUAUAAGAUUUCAGCAACAUGAUCCCAGGUCUGAUACAUACGAGAAUAUCCGAAAACUAAGAUAUAACGGCCAACAAGAUUUGUCUAAGGUUGGAAAACGUAUUUUCCUUCCAUCUUCGUUUACAGGCGGGUCACGAUAUAUGAUGCAAAACUAUCUUGACGCUAUGGCCAUUUGUAAAUGGUAUGGUUAUCCCGACUUUUUUAUAACCAUUACCUGCAAUCCCAAGUGGCCGGAGGUUCAAAGGUUUCUUAAGGACACAAAUCUUAAUCCGGAGGAUAGGCCUGAUAUUUUAUCGUGA